GUCUCCGCAUCAGAAUGAUUUUUACUUAGCUAGAAAACAGGAAUUAAAAGAAAGAGAAAAAUUUAUUGAGAAGAAUUUUUUUAGGAAGAAAGACAAAGGCUUGACAUUUAGCAAUUUAGGGAAGAACUUGGAAGUCUUUGAUAUUGAGCAUAGAAUAGCAGAUAUUGAAGAUAUAAAUGAAGAAGUUAGUUAUGAAAAUCAAAAAGAACAUAAGAAUAAUAUUAGUAUAAGGUUUGAUAGGACAGAACAAAGAAUUAUCAAAUCAGUGUAUAGAAAGGAGGUUUGUUGUUCAGAACUCAAUGAGACAGGAAAGGAGGUUGAUAAACAUCAGAUGGAUUCAGGUAUAUCAAGAAAAGAAUGCAUUAUAUUAUCAUCAAGAGAGGGUAAAUCAGUAUUAAAUGAGGAUGACCAAUUAACAACAGAUGCCAAAUUGAUGUUGGAGGAGGAUGGACAAUUGGUUUUAGAUGAUAGAGGUUAUGCAGUAUCAGAUGAGGAUGUUGUGUCAGAAGGUGUAAAAUCAAUUUUAGAAAAGGAUAGCCCUUCUAUAUUAAAAGACGUUGAAAUAGUUAUUGAAGAAUAUAAUGGCAAUGUGGCAUCUGAAGAGGAGGAUACAGGUAUAUCAGAAGAGGAUAAAAAAUUCAGAGCAGAUGAGGGUAAGUUUAUUAUAUCAAAAGAGGAUAUCAAACUGAUAUCAAAGAAAAAUGUUCUUGAAAAGGCAAAUGAGGAUGGACAAUUGAUGACAAAAGAAGAUAAUCUUGUAAUAUCAAAAGAAGUUGGCAAAAUAUUCAGAGAAAAGGAUAGUUGUACUGUUUCAGCAGAGGUUGGCAAAUUUAUUUCUGAAGAUUAUGGUCAUGUUGUAUCAGAAGAGGUUGACACAAUUAUGUUAGAAGAAAAUGGCAAUAUAACAUCAGAAAAGGAUUGUACAUUUAUAUCAGAAGAAGAUAGGAAGUUGAUGUCAAAGAAGGCUCUUGCAAUAUCAGAAGUUGGCAAAAUGCAGACAAAAAAUUAUGGUUGUUUAGUUUCAGGAGAUGUUGGCAAAUUGAUGUCAGAGGAGUGUGGUCAUACUGUACCAGAAGGAGUUAGCACAAUUAUAUUAGGAGAAAAUGGCAAUGUUACAUCAGAAAAGGAUGGUAUGAACUUGAUAUCAAACAAGGAUGACCUUGGCAAUGUUACAUCAGAAAAGGAUGGUAUGAACUUGAUAUCAAACAAGGAUGACCUUAAUAUUGCAUUAAACAAGAACAGCAAAUUAAUGUCGGAAAAAGAUGUUGGUAAAUUGGUGUCAGAGAAGGAUAUUUAUUCAGUAUCAGAAGAUGUUGAUACAAUUAUGUUAGAAGGGAAUGAAUGUAUUACAUCAGAAGAGUAUGGUAAUUUGACACCAGAAGAGGAGGGUCUUGUAACAGAAGAUAUUGGCAAAUUAAAGACAAAGGAGGAUAGUUUUGGUGUACUAGAGGAGGUUGGUAAAUUAAGGUUAGAAGAAAAUGGUAAUAUAGUGUCAGAGGAGAAAGCCAUCUCAUUUGAAGCUCUUCAUAUAACAUUAGAAGAUAGCAGUCUUCUAUCAGAGAAAAUUAAUGUAUCAGAGAAUAGAAAGCAGAGGGUUGUGGAACAAAGUUUUGAGAAAAACAAACAUUUUGAGAAUGACGUAAUGGAAGUGGGAGGACAUGAUCUAGAUUGGAAUGCUGACAGCAACCAACACCAAGUUUCAUCAGUUAACAGUAGUCAAGAAACUGUGACCUCUGCUGAUACAUUUGAUUUCCCAGUUUGUAGCCCACUUUCAAGAAAAUGGGCAAUGAUAGAAUCCCCUGAUAUUAAACAUGACCAUCCUUCCCAGGAAAGAUUUUCAGAUUAUACCAUUUCAGAUAGCGGUGAAAGUGAAGGAGGAAAUGUGUCCCAAUCUUCUUCCUUUGAUGAUAUUAUUCAGAAUGAGGAAGCUGAAUGGAAAGAAAUCUGCGAUAUUGGACAGGAACCACUAAGAGUAAGCAGAAAAAGAACUGUAACUUUUCAAGAAGACACUGAUCAUGUGAAUUGGAGGAUUGAACCUACUGACAAAAAUGAUUCAGCCAAAGAUUCCACUAUAUCUUCAGUACCUGCAAAGAAGUUGCAUAUAUGUUCUCCUUUCAUGAACACUGAAAUUUACAAUACAACUGUAGCUACUAUCUCUCAAGUACCACCACAAACCUUCAAUAGAUAUGAAGUUUUAUUUCCUGUGGAAGAGAAAGUCAGUGCCACUCUUCCAGCAACAACACCUCACUGUUCGGCCUUUACCAUGAAUGAUUACAAAAGAAAUAAUAAAUCAGGUGUAUUACUAUUAGAUGUUACUAGUAAGAAGAUUGACGGAUAUCGAUGGAAAGGUACCAAGUGCAGUGAAACAGCAAAGAGAUCACUACCAUUAAAUAAUUCUCAUCAGCCUUCUUCUGAUUGUUAUAAUUCGACUCCAGAAGAUGAAAGACUAAUUUACCAAUUAGAUACUGGUAAUCAAAAUGAUUCUCUAGAUAAUCUGGAAAGCUGCCUUCUACAACCUGCAUCAAAUGUUGCCUUAUGCCAUUCAGAGCCUCAACUUUCAAUGUUUAAGAGUCCAUUCAUGAAUAAAUUUUCAGUAUGUCUCCAUGGUAAUGAAAAUUUUAGUUCCCAUUGUGUUCAGGAGGAUAAACUUUCCUACGGAUGCAGCAGACACAACACAGAUCAAAGCAGAAAUGUAGUCCCUCUGCAAAAAGGCAGUAUGAGUGUGUCAGAAUUCAUGGAGAACAGCAUAGAUAAAUGUACAUUAAUUCAACAUGAAGGUCAAUGUAGGAACCCAAUAAUAGACUUGGAUUACAAUCUGAAUUCUGAGCCGCUGAUGAUUAACAAUACUAAAGCACAUUAUGACGUACAACCAGUUAAUGUUUCCAGUCAUCCUAUGAAUGAUGGCACUUGUGAACCCUAUAUGAAGAUUCCUGACUCUGAUUCAGAUUUCUCUUACCUAAGCCAGAAUGAUGAUAACUUAUUGUAUGAUGUAGUUGAUGUAUCAAAAUAUUCAAGAGCUGCCAUUUCAGAACCUUUGAUUUCAGAAGAGGAACAAGGUGGAGGCAAUAAAGUGCACCAGAGAGUGCCUGUGGAUGGUAGAUUUGCAUUGGAACAAUUUGAAAAAUGUACACCAUCAUUUUGUCAAGAAGUUCCGAGUUUUAGUACUGUGAAUAUUGCAAUACCUAAUGACAAGGAUACAUAUGAUAGACAUACAGGCAACUCACAAUUGCCUUUGUUCUCAACAGAAGAAGAUGCAGACAAGUCUUUGUGUAACCCUUCAACACAUAGCAGAGUAGUCUCACAUUAUUUUGAAUAUGUAGGAUGUGAUCAGGAAAAUAAUCAAAGAGCUGAGAUAUGGAAAUUCAGUAAUAAUAGUAGUUCUCGCAGGUAUGAGAACAAUAUGGAUAUAGGUCUUAGCACCAGACUAAGGAAACCACUUAUAUCUCGACCACCAGAUGUAGAAGUACAAAGUAAUAUUAGGAGUCUACACAUGUCAAUGACCACAUCAGAAACUUGUCUGCAAGAGAGGAGUGGACAUUUAUUAGGGAUUGAUAGGACCAGGAAUAAUGCAGUUUGUGUUCUUAGACAGGAAAAGGAAGAUAAUGUUGCUGCCACCAACUUGAAUGAAACUUCACGUGAUAUUACAUUAACUUUGGAUCAGUCAUUAACUGAUGAACUUGGUGAAUUUUUUGGGAGUGAUGUAAAAGAGGUCUUUGACACGCUUUAUGAAAACAGUGAAAAAUCACUCUCAGUUCAGGAGCCAACACCAACAUUUACUAAAAUCCAGACAGAAAUGUUUGAAUCACAAGAAAAUAGUGAAGUUCACAGUCAAAACACACUAUAUGUCUCUGGGGAAACUGAGAAUCAUGUAAAAUCUCUUGUGCAAUUGGAGGACUGUAGAAACUCAACAAAACUGCGGGUGAAGGAAAAAACAAAUAGUUAUGGAGUUGAAAGGAAUAGAGCAAUACCGUGUAUCAGGACUGUUGAACUAGUGAAGAAAAGUGAAAAGAAGGCUUUCUGUAGCCCUUUGCGUAGCUCACAGAUGUUUGGAAGCAAGUUGAGAUUCCCAUCUAAGGAGGAGGUUGAUGGUGGUCCAGCCCCUACAAGGCAGGCUGUCAUACCAGUCAUUUUUGAAGGAGUUAAAGUUUAUAAAGAAACUUUGACAUCUGCAAUUAGAGAACAUUUGAACAUACUGUUGUUUAGUUUAAGUCAGCGUUAUCACCAGGCCCUUAGCAGGGUGGACAUCAGUGGCUUGAUACCAGGCAGUGAUGGCCAGAAAGCAGGUACAGAUACAGGCGCACCAGUUUGCCAGCACAACACAAUGGCUAAGAUGAUAUGUGUUAAAAAAGAUGGGCCUAAUAAAGGUAGAUUUUUCUAUACAUGCAGCCAACCAAGAUCUUCUCAGUGUAAGUUUUUCUUGUGGGCUGAUCAAUAUAAACCAGACAAGGAAACAGAAGACUGCAAAACAUCGUCAUUUGCUCCAAAACUUAGUACAGCUAUGCAAAUUAGGAAUUACAUGAAAGGCUUAGGACUUGCAUUACACUGUAGGUGUCAGCUAAUAAGGAAGGCAAGCGGUGGUUUCAAUCAACCUAAUCUACCUACUUGGAUAAAGAAGUAUAGAAAAAACUUGGAAGACAAUGUUCAGAAGAAAUUGUUUCUGAAGUUAACUUAUAAGGAAGUCUCAUCUACAUAUGCCAAAGAUGAUUUGUGGGUUAUUAGCAGUAGUCUACAGUUUGAUCCAGCCUGUAGCUUCAUAGCCAAAAGUAUCUAUCAUGGUCCCUCAUCCAACAUGGAAAUACAGAUUGAGCCUGUAUCUGGGUAUUCACCCUCUAACUGGACAGCAGGCACAGUACAUAGCUUAUUACUAGUGAAUGCAAGUAAUGAACUUGCUCAACUUGCCAACAUUGAAGAACAUGUAACUCUGAACACUGUACCCAUUCUACCUUACCUUAUGGACAGUUCCUACAAUCCUGAUAAUAACAGGCAAAUGUCUUCUAAAGCUUUCAAAAGUCCAAUUUGUAGCACCCCUCGACUGCAUACUGUGCCUUGUACCAGCCAUGAAAUUGAAAUGCUUGCUAAUGAGUUCAUAGAUAAUUAUCAUUUGAAUGCUGAUCAAGCAGAAGCCUUGCUGCAAGUGGCUUCCAUGUUCAACUCAGUUGACAACUCCAAGAGAAGGGCACUUCCAAUUACUCUUAUACACGGUGUUUUUGGGGCUGGCAAAAGUUUCCUGUUAUCUGUUGUUGUGUUGUUCCUUGUGCAUUUGUUUACAAUUAAAACUGACCAAUUGGAAACCUCGGAAGAUGAUUAUUGGAAACUUCUGAUAUCUUCUACGACCAAUGUUGCUGUUGACCGAAUUCUGAUGGGGUUGUUAGAUCUUGGCUUUGAGGAUUUCAUCCGUGUUGGAAGUCUUCGGAAAAUCAGCAAACCGAUUCUUCCAUACAGUGUACAUGCAUCUGACAAAAAAAAUGAUGACAUCAAGGAACUGCAAGAGAUGCUGAAGUCGGACCUCACACCAUCAGAAAAACAGCUGAUUAAGAAGAGUCUUGAGCGACAGCGUCUGGGGCAUAAUAAAGCCCUACUAGCCAAAGUUAAGGUUGUUGCUGUCACAUGCGCUGCCUGUGCCUUUCCCUGUAUCGAUAAACUCAAAUUCCCUGUUGUGUUAUUGGAUGAGUGCAGUCAAAUGACUGAGCCAGCAUCUUUACUGCCCAUUGCAAAGUUUCAUUCUGAAAAGCUUGUCUUAGUUGGUGAUCCAAAACAGCUUCCGCCAACCAUACAGGGAUCAGAAGCCGCAACUACUUAUGGGCUGGAACAGACUCUCUUUGGCAGGCUUGUGAUCAUGGGGAUUGAAGCAGUCAUGCUACGUACUCAGUACAGGUGCCAUCCCCACAUUAGCGCCCUCUCUAAUCAGCUUUUCUACGAUAAUCAACUUGUUGAUGGAGUAAACACAGAACAAAGACAGCAACUAAUGAAGGAUCUGCCAACUCUGUGCUUCUAUAAUGUUCACGAAGGUCAGGAGCAAUGUGAUUCAAGUGGCAGCUAUUACAACCUACAGGAAGUGAGGUUUAUUGCGUUUCUGCUGCAAGUUGUACUUCACAAUGGAGUUAAUGCUUCUGAGAUCGGGGUCAUAACAUUGUACAGAGCACAAGCUUUUAAAAUUGCUGAGUUCUUGAAGACUGAAAUUAAGUUAAAGCCGGAGGAUGUUCGUCGCAUUCAGAUCUCAACGGUUGAUGCUUUCCAGGGAGGCGAGAAGAAUGUGGUUCUAUUAUCUUGUGUGAGAACCGACUACGUUGGCUUCAUAGACUCUUACAAGAGAACCAAUGUAGCACUGACAAGAAGUAAAUUUCAUCUGUUUAUCAUUGGACACCUUAGAAUCCUAUCUCAGAACCAGCUAUGGGGCCUGAUCAUUAACCUUUGUAAAGACUAUCCGCAUGGCAUCCAAUCUGCUAAACAAUUCAUCAAGAAAUGGAAAGAUAAAAGUAUUGAUGCGACCAAAACAAAAUCCCAAGUUGGAGAAUCACUUAUUGGGAAGGAGGCAGCCAAACGUAGUGCAUCAGAUAUUAUUGACAUCACAGCAGUAACGAUUUACCCAACAGAAGAACAAAAUUUUACUGAAAAUAACCAAGGAGAGGUAAAUGACAAGCCUAUUACACCAGCGAUCAACGUCAAUGAAUGGAACAUUCCAAUUGAUUCCCAGGGUAGCCCGUCAUAUUCACCCCUGGAGGAGAUACAGGCACAUGGUAGUGAUGCAAGCCCCGAACACAGCCUUCAUGUUGACAGGCCUUACGGUAGCCCAUCAUAUUCACCCCUCAUGGAGACGCAAUCGUCUGGUAGUGACAGUGAUUUACCUAACCUUGAAUUUUAAACUAUAGUUCCCUGGUUAGCAGAUAUUGCUAACAUUAAGAAGAAUUUCUACACAUUUUGAAAGCACAAAAUAUUAAAAGAAAUUGAAGUAUUUUAUAUUUCAACAUAUAUUAUAAGUAAAUAUUUAGCUGAUUUUCUUAUAUUUUUAAAUAGAACAUACAAUUGUAUAUUUAUACAAUAACUCUUAUUAGUAAGAAUUUUAGCACAGCCAGUAACAUUUACAGAUUAUAUAGAUUUACAGGUCUACCUUAACAUUUUAGAUCAUUCACUUGAAGAUGUAUGAGUCAAGGGUGGCUUCCUGGUACACUUUUGCACAUGUUGGUUGCUUGAUAAUACUGCUUUGAAUUGGAAGUUGUUAUCUCUCAUUGAAACUAGAUUUUUACAAGAUAAAUAUCCUAAUGUUUAGAUAUUAUUCAUAAUUCUGCCAUAAUAAAAAUAACAUUAUUGAUAUACAAAUAUUUUCCAUUACAAUAUUUCCUGUGGCUUUCACUAGCAAAAAACCUACAGAGUUUUGUAUAAAACUAUGGCUAUGUUCUCACACAGCAGCUAACGGUAAUAGCAGGAUCCGGAUCCUGCUAACUGUUAGCUGCUGUGCGUCCAUGCGAGAAAAUCCCGAUCCGGAUACCAAUAAUAUGAUGAUC